AAAAGAAAAGAACCGGCGCGUAAUUGCUCUGCAGAACGGCGGAACUCUGAAGCAGGAAACGUUCAAGCGAAGAGCGUGAAGAAGUUGGCUUUUGCUUUAAUACUUCCUUUCAGAACAAUUCAAAGAGAGUCCGGCGUGUCUUGAUUCUUGACUGUUGCUUCUGCUAUGGCGGCCAAGACUCGGACAAGUAGCUUCUCUCGAAACCUUUCGGCUGCAGCCCCAUCUCAAGGCCCCGGACUCAAGUGUGGGCCAAAUGGCACCGUCUUUCUAUCUUCCGGGAUACCUGACCUUGACAAGAUACUAGGUGGUGGGUUCCCUUUGGGAACCCUAGUUAUGGUGACGGAAGAUGCAGAAGCACCUCAUCACAUGCUUUUGUUGAGGAAUUUCAUGGCUCAGGGACUUGUUCAUAAUCAACCUCUUCUCUAUGCUAGUCCAGCCAAAGACCCAAGAGGGUUUUUGGGCACUUUGCCCAGUCCUGCUGCAUCCAAAGAUGAGAAAUCCCAUAAACACGAUCCAGAUCAGGAGAAAGGCUUGAGAAUUGCUUGGCAGUAUAAGAAGUACUUUGGUGAAAAUCAACUAAAUUUUGAUGGCCAAAGAGAUGGUAAACAUGAGUACUCUAAUGAAUUUGACUUGCGGAAGCCCCUAGAGAGACACUUCCUCAGUGUGCAGCGUGUAGAUUGUGUUAGCAUCCAAGAUUCUCCUAAUCUUUCGGCUCUUCAAGACCGUAGUGCAACAUUUUUAUCUCAGUUUCCACGAAAUGAUGGCAGCAUCUCAUGUGCUGGUCGAAUUGCUAUACAAUCAUUUUCUGCUCCUCAAUGUGCAUAUUCCAACAUGGAAUGGGAUAUGCUUUCAUUUAUUAGAUCUCUCAAAAGCAUGGUACGGUCUUCAAAUGCAGUUGCCUUAAUAACCUUUCCGCCGUCUCUUCUCUCACCGUCCUCCUGUAAAAGAUGGCAGCACAUGGCAGACACGUUGCUCUCUGUCAGAGCAAUCCCAGAUGAAGACAAGGAAUUGUCACAACUACUUACUGGUUACCAGGAUAUGGUUGGCUUUCUCAACGUGCACAAAGUAGCACGCAUCAACACACAGGUUCCUGUGAUUCUUGAGGCAACAACCUUUUCAAUCAAGUUACAAAAGCGUAGGUUUUUGGUUCUAGAAUGUCUGAAUCAGGCCCCUGUUGAUGGUUCAAGUGGAACUUCGUACGGCACAUCUGCUAGUUGCUCUGGUUCCUCCGGAACUGGGAACCUUGAUUUUUGACUGCAAACCUCAGGAAGCAUUCAACUAAUCACCAUAAGAACAAGAAACCGUCAGAAAUGAACAGAAUUCACCCUUACUGCAUAUUACUUAAGGUUUUCUGAUAGCCAGCUGACCGAGCAGUUGAGGACCAGCCACAACUCCAUACGUUGUCGAUCCUAUCUGCCAGAUUCUUUCUAAUGCUAGGUGGUCACGUACCCCUAGCAAACCUCUUGGUGAGCCAGAUAGGAGAUGGUUGCUGGCUAUAUAAAGUAGGAGAAUCUAAGAACAGAGUCAAAUUUACUCUAUUGAUCACCUAAGCAGGCUUGCUAUAAAUGAUUCUGGGGUCCCUUGUUUUCUCCUUUUGGGAUUGGCCCUUUUGCUUAGAAGAACUUUUGGUUGUGUACUACACAAGAGAAACUACGGUAAACAUUUUACAACAGUUUAUUUAGAAACAUAUUUGUUAUUUAAGGUUUGAGUAAUGUUUCAUGUUUCGUCCGGAUUUUACGUAA